AUGAGCCGUUGCAAUGGACCCGCCAGCUCAGAAAAGAGUGUCGAAAGCCUGCGACGCCUGCAAGAGGAGGAAGGUGAAAUGCAACGGCCAGGAGCCAAGCAUCGGUCGCAGGGAAAACGCGGCCAUAUCAUCUCCGAGUUCAGGCGUCAGACUUAUCAUGCUGCUGCUAUAUCGCCCCCCAUACUGCCUGCGAAUACAGCCCAGGCGGGCUUUCAGGCUCCCUGCGUCAGUCUGCCACCGGCCAUCAAGCGCCAUAACAGCGAUGCCGCGAAGACAGAUGAUUUACAAGAGGCAGCAUCUUCCGUUUCGCUGUUUCCAAGUCAGUAUUCCAAGGCCUUCUUCCUGGACUUGAUACCAGACUACAUGGAAGGCGUGUAUCCGGUGCAGCCGGUCAUCUCGGAAAAUGAGCUUCGACAGUACAUUCAUGUCAUGGAUACGGAUCAGGAUGUCCGCUCCUUCAUCUAUGCUUUUGGCGGCUGUACGCUAAAUCUGACCCGCUAUGGGAACCGCAGGACAGAGGAGGUGGUCCAGACGAUUGAAGAGCUCAUGGACUACUCAAUCGACAGCAUGAGACGAGCUCAUAAGCAUUUCCAAUUCUCCGUCAUGCGAGCCAUGCAGUCCAUAUUCAUUCACAAUUGUCUCAUGAGCUUGCAAGGUAGCGAUGCGGCCUUCUUUUACAUGCGGGACGCCAUAUCCAUCAUUCAACUGCUGCGUAUCGACAAUGCCGAAGACGCCGCUCAAUUCUCGCCUCCUGAAAGAUCGAGGAGGCAACGGCUGUACUGGCAAGCUUAUAUUCAUGAGCGCUUCCUGGCUAUUCUGGACUACCGGAGAGCAAUUUUGCCACCACUCUACACACUACCAGAAGACGACCCCACAAUCCCUUUGCAAGUCCACGAGGGCUUCAAUCAGAUCAUCAAGCUCUUUCGGAUGCUCGAUACAGACUUCCUCACCAGCUGGCUCGACUCACAAGGUGGCACCGUGACCAGUACCUGGGUCGAAGCCAAAUCACGCGAACUCGAAGGCGAUCCUGAGGCCGAUGCGCGGGAUCUUGCCGGCCUAUCCAUGAUGCAGCGAGCCGACCUGACCAUAACCCGUGAAUGGCUUCGCACACUCGUAUGGAGACUUGCCAUGGGCCAAACGCUCCUCUCCUCCAAAUCCUCCAAAGAAUGUCUCUCCCUCCUCUUCCCCAUCCGCCUCUCCCAAACCCUCCGCCAACAAGUCUCCAGCAUGUCCCGCCAAGACAUUGAAGUCCACGGCAGCAGCAUCACGCAAAAACUCUUUGAAAUCACAGACACCAUUGCCGAUGUCCUCAUCCACGUCCCCGCCGCCACCCUCGACGAAACCGCCCUGCGAAUCGACGACUUCCUCUUCAUCCUCGACUUUGUCCUGUUGUUGCCCCAGCUCGAUCUCACGCGCCGUGGUAUCCUUCUCGGGAAAUUAGAACGCCUGCACAGCAUGUUCCCGGGCGCUGUUAGCAAUGCCAGCUCGCCCGCCCUCCCCGUCGAUCUGCAGAGCCCGGGUGCAAAUGACCCCUGGCACCAGGUCACGCAAUCCAAGACGGCUUCCGGGCUAGAGGAGCUCGCCGAUGGCCUGGGACCCAAUGCCCAGGUGCCGCGAGCGGAGACGAAGGCGGGGCAGUUGGCGACUUGGAAUCACAUUUCGCACCGGCUAACCAUGGCAAAGGUUAGGGAGCAUUAG